UCAUCUCUCUCCCCCCUCCCUCUAUUAUUUUCAUGGAGAAGAACAACGCCACCGCUGAAGGCUCUGAUUCCCCGCCGGAAAAUUCCUCCACCUCCUCCUCCGCCGCCGCCGCCGCCGGAGCCGAAGAGCAAGAAGAGAGCGGUUGGACUGAUUACUUGGAGGAUUAUUUCUCGUCGGAAAGCAGUUAUUUGUGUUCAAGUAUUGGUAGUUGUUCAAAUUGGGAUCAUAAUAUUUCAAAUCCCAAUUAUGAUAUUAACAAAACCAAUCAUAUUGGGAAAAUGAUUUUUGAUGUUCCAAACAAACUAACUUUCAAGAAAACAAGAACUCAGAAGAUUUUUGAAGAUGAUUCCUUACAAGAUACGGCUACUUCUCCUAUUCAUAGUCCAAAAGUUGCUGAUUUGAAAGUCAAAACAUCCCAUGAAAAUCCGAGGUUUGAUGUGAUCACUAAUUUGACGGGAAGCGAAAGGCAAUUGGGGAAAUAUUAUUCAGACAAAGAAAAUGGUGUGUAUUCAUCUGAAAAAAAAGGGUUGUGUUUGUUUCCUUUGUCCAUGCUUCUUAAUUACCAUAAUUGAGAUGUAAUUUAAGCAUAAUAAUCACUAAAAUCUCUAUGUAAUUCUCAGCUCUCAAACUA